UAAUCAUCCUUAAACACACAACAGGAGGUGCUGUUGUUGUUGUUGUAGCAUAAUAGGUACCGAGCCCAAAGAAGAAGUCGUUCUCAUCCUCUGCAACCAACAAUGGGUAUCUCACGUGACUCUAUGCACAAGAGGCGUGCCACUGGAGGCAAGAAGAAGGCCUGGAGGAAGAAGAGAAAGUAUGAGCUUGGUCGUCAGCCUGCAAAUACUAAGCUCUCAAGUAACAAGACCGUAAGGCGAAUCCGUGUGAGAGGAGGCAAUGUCAAAUGGAGAGCCCUCAGAUUGGAUACUGGAAACUACUCAUGGGGUAGUGAAGCUGUCACCCGCAAAACGCGUAUCCUGGAUGUUGUUUAUAAUGCUUCGAACAAUGAGCUUGUCAGAACACAAACUCUGGUGAAGAGUGCUAUUGUUCAGGUUGAUGCUGCCCCGUUCAAGCAGUGGUACCUUCAGCAUUAUGGAGUUGACAUUGGUAGGAAGAAGAAGACAGCUGCUAAGAAGGAAACCCCAGAGGAAGGCGAAGGAAAUACGGAGGAAAGGGAAAAGGAAACAAAAAAGAGUAACCAUGUCGCCAGGAAGCUUGAGAAGCGUCAGCAAGGUCGUACACUUGAUGCACAUAUUGAAGAGCAGUUUGGGGGCGGUAGGCUGUUGGCGUGCAUCUCUUCUCGACCGGGACAAUGUGGUAGAUCUGAUGGAUACAUUUUGGAAGGAAAAGAACUUGAGUUCUAUAUGAAGAAGAUCCAAAGGAAGAAGGGGAAGGGUGCCGCUGCUUAAGUAGUUUAUUAGUCAUAGUUUUGGUCUUUUUGCAACUUGUUUUUGUUACACCUGCCUAGAUGGGCCAAUGUUUAUCAUUAUUGAUUGAACACUGAGGAUUGUGUAGCAUGUUUAGUUGUUUCAAAUUAGAUGCUUUAACUAGUUUGUGAUUGACAAGUCAGACUUGAGCUAAAAUAGCACUUGUUGGGUCCUGGCCUCUUUAUCCA